AAAACAACAAAAGCAAGACGCUCCCGCCGCCGCAGCAUAGGACUCUCCACCCGUCGGCAUCGAGCAGAGCGAUCCGGGGGGAGCAAGGAGGAGGAGGAGAAGAUGGGAGGCGGGAUGGAGGUGCACAAGAACCGGUGGAUCGAGGAGUGGAACGCCGGCCGCGAGAACCUCGAGUUUAACUUCCGCUGGACGCGCCGCAACCUCGCCGUCGUCAGCCUCUUCGGCCUCGCCGUCCCUAUCCUCGUCUACAAGGGCAUCGUCCGCGAAUUCCACAUGCAAGAUGAGGAUGCAGGAAGACCGUUGAGGAAAUUGUUGUAACCUGCCAUGAUCCUCGUUUUGGUUCAAGAAAUAAGCAUUUUUGCCAGA